GAAAUCGCUGUCGCCACAGUCGAGGAGCUUCUGCUGCCGCCGCCACCGCCUGCAGCAGCCGGGAUCCUCUGUCUCACCGCCUCCGCUUCGCCGCCCGCGCCAUGCCGUCUGAGAAGACCUUCAAGCAGCGCCGCACCUUCGAACAAAGAGUAGAAGAUGUCCGACUUAUCCGAGAGCAGCAUCCUACCAAAAUCCCAGUGAUAAUAGAACGGUACAAGGGUGAGAAGCAACUUCCUGUCCUGGACAAAACCAAAUUCCUUGUACCUGAUCAUGUCAACAUGAGUGAGCUCAUCAAGAUCAUUAGGAGACGCUUACAGCUCAACGCUAACCAAGCCUUCUCCCUGCUAGUGAAUGGUCACAGCAUGGUGCGUGUGUCCACACCGAUUUCUGAAGUGUAUGAAAGUGAGAAGGACGAAGACGGAUUCCUGUACAUGGUGUACGCUUCUCAGGAGACAUUUGGAGUGAAACUGUCUGUGUAAGACUAGAAAAAUGCAUCUGUCCUUGAAUUUUUUUAAACCCUUACCAAGGAGAAAAAAAGGGAUAUUACCAACUGAAAUUGAUGAGUUCAUCCAAUCACAGAUCAUCAAAACAGUAGUGUUCCUGCCUAGGAGUUUUAGGAAGUUGUUUUGUACUGUAAGCAGAAAAACUGAGCUCCAAAUGAGAACAUUCAGCUUUGGAAAACUACAUGAUUUAACCUAGGCUGUUUUGUUUUCAAAUUUAGAAGUUUAAAAAUAAAAUACUUUGCAUUCUAA